AUGGAGACACCGCAGCCAUCGGGCGGAGAUUCCACGGGAGGGUGCCGACAAUAGGAGUUCCUCGGGAUGAGACACGUUCCCAGCAGUGCUGCAUGGAGCGCCACCACCGUCGGAACGGGGGCUCCGCCCUAUGAUAGCGGCGGCGUCAGCGUCCACGUCGUCGAGACACGUGGGAUCCGGUGGUGAAAAUCCACGUCGCUGCGGACGUCGACGUGUUCGUCCUCGUUUGCCCCUCCGCGUAGGAGUGCCUCUCCGAGUGGAGGUCGUCUUUCAUUUUCUUCCCUUUUUUGGGUAGAGGAAGGGAAGUGUUGACAGGGACUCCCCCGCCUCGAGAGAUCCAUCCUCUCCCCGAAAGGGCCGUCCUACCGGCUUGGUCAACUCGUGAUAAUCGGGGGAGGAUCUUGGUAGGGUGGGGAGGGGUUGGGGGGUGGAGGAGGACUGGCCUUGUUGGUCCCCUUCCUUCCCCAACCAGCUGCUGCCACUGCGGCUGGCCUUCGAUCCGCUAGCUCAGCGUGGUCGAAUGGAGUGGCUGAGGAUUUGGGGGAAGGGGGGGAGGGGCAGGGAGGGGCAGGAAGGGAGGGAGGGAUGUCCCUGUAUCUCUCCUUGUCCUCUACAGAGCUACCUUCGGCAGUAUCCCACGGAACCCGCGGGGAAUUAAGUCCUGAAAGCAACCCAGGCAAGGGAAAACGCAAGGAUUUUGGCGAGCUCCUCCGCUCUCUCUCUGUUGCUCUCUGGCUCUCUUGGAUAUCCUUCCCAUUGACCUAAGAGGUCCAAGAGGGGUGCAGUUCCGACGACCUGAGGCCCGCUCGGGCGCAUGGUGUCGAGGGCUCUCAUGGAGCUCACGGGCCACCGCUGCAGAGACGGUGCAGGUUGAACGUUGGGGUGGAGAAACGCUGGCCGCGCGCUAGCUCCCAGCAGCUUGCAAAUGGAAUAAUCCGACGAACAAUGACCGACGAGGAAGACGACGACGAUCGCUGUACCUUUUGA